CUGGGAGCAGUGAUCUCACCAAGCCCCUGCCCAGAAAAGCCCCGGAAAAGGGGGAGGGAGAAAGAGCCAGAGGCUGCCACUGCGGUUUGGAGGAACCACAGGGGAGGAGGACGCUGCCACCCACAGCCUCCAGAGCUCAUUGCAGCUGGGCUUAGCAGCUCAGCAAGCACUGCCCAGACCCUGGGCUAGUGGCAGCCAGCAGGAGCAGGAAAGGAAGCAUGUUCCCAGGCUGCCCACAAGUCUGGGUCCUGGUGGUCUUGGGCACCAGCUGGGUAGGCUGGGGAAGCCAAGGGACAGAAGCGGCACAGCUGAGGCAGUUCUACGUGGCUGCUCAGGGCAUUAGUUGGAGCUACCGACCCGAGCCCACAAACGCAAGUUUGAAUCAUUCUGCAACUUCCUUCAAGAAAAUUGUCUACAGAGAGUAUGAACCAUAUUUCAAGAAAGAAAAACCACGAUCUAGCAUUUCAGGACUUCUUGGGCCUACUUUAUAUGCUGAAGUCGGAGACAUCGUAAAAGUUCACUUUAAGAAUAAGGCAGAUAAGCCCUUAAGCAUCCACCCUCAAGGAAUUAAGUACAGUAAAUUAUCAGAAGGUGCUUCUUACCUUGACCACACAUUCCCUGUGGAGAAGAUGGAUGAUGCUGUGGCUCCAGGCCAAGAAUACACCUAUGAAUGGAGUAUCAGUGAGGACAGUGGGCCCACCCACGAUGACCCUCCAUGCCUCACACACAUCUAUUACUCCCAUGAAAAUCUGAUCGAAGAUUUCAACUCUGGGCUGGUUGGACCUCUGCUCAUCUGUAAAGAAGGGACCCUAACUGAAGAUGGGACACAGAAGAUGUUUGACAAGCAACUUGUGCUACUGUUUGCUGUGUUUGAUGAAAGCAAGAGCUGGAGCCCGUCAUCAUCCCUAAUGUACACAGUCAAUGGAUAUGCGAAUGGGACAAUGCCAGAUAUAACAGUUUGUGCCUAUGAACAUAUCAGCUGGCAUCUGCUUGGAAUGAGCUCGGGGCCAGAAUUGUUCUCCAUUCACUUCAACGGCCAGGUCCUGGAGGAGAACCAUCAUAAGGUCUCAGCCAUCACCCUUGUCAGUGCUACAUCCACUACUGCAAAUAUGACUGUGAGCCCAGAGGGAAAGUGGAUCAUAUCUUCUCUCACCCCAAAACAUUUGCAAGCUGGGAUGCAGGCUUACAUUGACAUUAAAAACUGCCCAAAGGAAACCAGGAGACUUAAGAAAAUAACUCGUGAGCAGAGGCGGCACAUUAAGAGGUGGGAAUACUUCAUUGCUGCAGAGGAAAUCAUGUGGGACUACGCACCUGUAAUACCAGCGAAUAUGGACAAAAAAUACAGGUCUCUGCAUUUGGAUAAUUUCUCAAACCGAAUUGGAAAACAUUAUAAGAAAGUUAUUUACACACAGUACGAAGAUGAGUCCUUCACCAAACAUAUACAGAAUCCCCAUAUGAAAGAAGACGGAAUUUUGGGUCCUAUUAUCAGAGCCCAGGUCAGAGACACACUCAAAAUCGUGUUCAGAAAUAUGGCCAGCCGCCCCUACAGCAUUUAUCCUCAUGGAGUGACCUUCUCGCCUUAUGAAGAUGAAGGCAACUCUUCCUUCACCUCAGGCAGUAACACCAUGAUCAGAGCAGUUCAACCAGGGGAAACGUAUACUUAUAAGUGGAACAUCUUAGAAUUAGAUGAACCCACAGAAAAUGAUGCCCAGUGCUUAACAAGACCAUACUACAGUAACGUGGACAUCAUGAGAGACAUCGCCUCGGGGCUAAUAGGACUACUUCUAAUCUGUAAGACCAGAUCCCUGGACAAGCGAGGAAUACAGAGGGCAGCAGACAUCGAACAGAGGGCUGUGUUUGCUGUAUUUGAUGAGAACAAAAGCUGGUACCUUGAGGACAACAUCAACAAGUUUUGUGAAAAUCCUGAUGAGGUGAAACGUGAUGACCCCAAGUUUUACGAAUCAAACGUCAUGAGCACUAUCAAUGGCUAUGUGCCUGAGAGCAUACCUACUCUUGGAUUCUGCUUUGAUGACACUGUCCAGUGGCACUUCUGUAGUGUGGGGACCCAGAAUGACAUUUUGACCAUCCACUUCACUGGGCACUCAUUCAUCUAUGGAAAGAGACACGAGGACACCUUGACCCUCUUCCCCAUGCGUGGAGAAUCUGUGACGGUCACAAUGGAUAAUGUUGGAACUUGGAUAUUAACCACCAUGAAUUCCAGUCCAAGAAGCAAAAAGCUGAGGCUGAAAUUCAGGGAUGUUAAAUGUAUUCGAGAUGAUUAUGAAGACUCAUAUGAGAUUUAUGAACCUCUAGAAUCUUCGGUCACAGCUACACGGAAAAUGCACACUCCUUCAGAAAACGAAGAUGAAGAGAGUGAUGCUGACUAUGAUUACCAGACUAGACUGGCUUCAGCAUUAGGAAUUAGGUCACUGAGAAAUUCAUCACUGAAUCAGAAAGAAGAAGAGUUCAAUCUUACUGCCCUAGCUCUGGAGAAUGGCAGUGAAUUUAUUUCUCCGAACACAGCUAUAACUGUCGGUUCAAAUUAUUCUUCCCCAACGAAUAUUAGUAAGCUCGCUGUCAAUAACCUUACAGAACCUCAGAAAACCCCUUCUCACCAACAAGCCACUGCAGCUGGUUCCCCACAGAGACACCUCAUUGGCAAGAACUCAGUUUUCCAUUCUUCCACAGCAGAACAUUCCAGCCCUUAUUCUGAAAACCCUAUAGAGGAUCCUCUACAGUCAGAUGUCACAGGGAUACAUCUACUUUCACUUGGUGCAGGAGAAUUCAGAAGUCAAGAACAUCCUAAACACAAGGAACCCAAGGUAAAAAGAGACCAAGCAGCAAAGCACAUGUUCUCCUGGAUGAAAUCACCAGCAGAUAAAAUUGGGAGGCAUCUAAGCCAAGACAAUAGUUCUUCUUCCAGAAUGAGGCCCCGGAAAGACCUUCCUAGUGAUCUGUUGCUCUUAAAACAAAAGAACCCAUCUAAGAUUCUGGUUGGGAAAUGGCAUUUGGCUUCUGAGAAAGGUGGCUAUGAAGUAAUCCAAGAUACUGAUGAAGACACAGCUGUUAACAAUCAGCUGAUCAGCCCUCAGAAUGCCUCACAUGCCUGGGGAGAAAGCACCCCUGUUACCAACAAGCCUGGAAAGCCGAGUGGCCACCCAGAGUUUCCUAGAGUUAGACACAAAAUUCUACAAGUAAGACAGGAUGGAGGAAACAGUGGACUGAAGAAAAGCCACCUUCUCAUUAAGACACGAAAAAAGAGAAAAGAGAAGCAGACACACCAUACUCCUUUAUCUCCAAGGGCCUUUCACUCUCUAGGAAGUGAAGCCUACAACACAUUUUCAGAAAUUAUAUUUAAUCAUUCCUUGUUGCUCCAUAACUCCAAUAAAACAUCUCUUCCCAUAGACCUCAAUCAGACAUUGCCCUCUGUGGAUUUUGGCUGGAUACCCUCACUUCCUGACCAUAAUCAGAAUUCCUCAAAUGACACUGGUCAGACAAAUUCUCCUCCAGAUCUUUAUGAGCCAGUGCCCCCAGAGGAACACUAUGAAGCAUUCCCUAUUCAAGACCCUGAUCAAAUGAACUCCACUUCAGACCCCAGUCACAGAUCCUCUUCUCUAGAGCUCAGUGAGAUGCUUGACUAUGAUCAAAAUCACAAGUCCUUCCCCACUGAUAUCAGUCAAACGUCCCUUUCCUCAGAACAUGAAGUCUGGCAGACAAUCACCUCUCCAGACCUCAGCCAGGUGACCCUCUCUCCAGACCUCAGUCAGACAAACCUUUCCCCAGAACUGGGUCAGAUCCCUCUUUCUGCAGAUCUCAGCUAUACAACCCUUUCUGUAGACCUCAGCCAGACAAACCUCUCUCCAGACCUCAGUCAGACAAACCUUUCCCCAGAACUGGGUCAGAUCCCUCUUUCUGCAGAUCUCAGUCAGACGACUGUCUCUCCGGACCUCAGUCAGACAAACCUUUCCCCAGAACUGGGUCAGAUCCCUCUUUCUGCAGAUCUCAGUCAGAUGACUGUCUCUCCAGACCUCAGUCAGACAAACCUUUCCCCAGAACUGGGUCAGAUCCCUCUUUCUGCAGAUCUCAGUCAGACAACUGUCUCUCCAGACCUCAGUCAGACAAAUCUUUCCCCAGAACUGGGUCAGAUCCCUCUUUCUCCAGACAUCAGUAAGACGACUGUCUCUCCAGACCUCAGCCAAACAAACCUCUCUCCAGACCUCAGCCAGGUGACCCUCUCUCCAGAACUCAGUCAGACAAACCUUUCCCCAGAAUUGGGUCAGAUCCCUCUUUCUGCAGAUCUCAGUCAGAUGACUGUCUCUCCAGAAUUCAGUCAGACAAACCUUUCCCCAGACCUCGGUCAGAUGCCUCUUUCUCCAGACCUCAGCUAUACAACCCUUUCUCUAGACCUCAGCCAUACAACCCUUUCUCUAGACCUCAGCCAGACAAAUCUCUCUCUAGAACUCAAUCAGACAAAUCUUUCCCCAGAACUAGGUCAGAUCCCUCUCUCUCCAGACCUCAGCCACACGACUGUCUCUUCAGAACUCAGUGAGACAAACCUCUCUCUAGACCUCAGCCACAUGAAUCUCUCUUCAGACCUAAGCCAGACAAACCUCUCUCCAGAACUCAGUGAGAUGCCCGUCUUUGUAGAUCUCAGUCAAAUUCCCCUUUCCCCAGACCUCGACCAGAUGAUGCUUUCUCCAGACCUUGGUGAGACAGACCUUUCCCCAGACUUUGGUCAGAUAUCCCUUUCCCCAGACCUCACCCAGGUGACUCUCUCUCCAGACCUCAGUGAGACCAUCCUUCUCCCUGAUCUCAGCCAGAUAUCACCCCCUCCAGACCUCAAUCAGAUAUUCUACCCUUCUGAAUCUAGUCAGUCAUUGCUUAUUCCAGAAUUUAAUGAGACUUUUCCUUAUUCAGACCUUGGUCACACGCCAUCUCCUUCAUCUCCUACUCUCAAUGAUACAUUUCGAUUGAAGGAAUUUAAUCCACUGGUUAUAGUUGGCCUCAGUAAAGAUGGUACAGAUUACAUUGAGAUUAUUCCAAGGGAAGAGGUCCAGAGCAGUGAAGAUGACUAUACUGAAACAGAUUAUGUGUCCUAUGAUGACCCCUACAAAACUGAUGUUAGGACAAACAUCAACGCCUCCAGAAAUCCUGACAACAUUGCCGCAUGGUACCUCCGCAGCAACAAUGGAAACAGAAGAAAUUAUUACAUUGCUGCAGAAGAAGUAUCCUGGGAUUAUUCAGAGUUUGUACAACGUGAAAGAGAUAUUGAAGACAUGGACAAUACCCCAGAAAAUACCAUAUAUAAGAAAGUAGUUUUUCGAAAGUACCUCGACAGCAGUUUUACCAAACGUGAUCCUCAAGGGGAGUACGAAGAGCAUCUUGGAAUUCUUGGUCCUGUUAUCAGAGCUGAAGUGGAUGAUGUUAUCCAAGUUCGUUUUAAAAAUUUAGCAUCCAGACCAUAUUCUCUACAUGCCCAUGGACUUUCCUACGAAAAAUCAUCAGAGGGAAAGACUUAUGAAGAUGACUCUCCUGCAUGGUUUCAGGACGAUAAUGCUGUUCAGCCAAACAGCAGUUAUACCUACGUAUGGCAUGCCACUGAGCGAUCGGGGCCAGGAAGUCCUGGCUCUGCCUGUCGGGCUUGGACCUACUACUCAGCCGUGAACCCAGAAAAAGAUAUUCACUCGGGCUUGAUAGGUCCCCUCCUAAUCUGCCAAAAAGGAAUACUUCAUAAGGAGAGCAACAUGCCUGUGGACAUGAGAGAAUUUGUCUUACUAUUUAUGAUCUUUGAUGAAAAGAAGAGCUGGUACUAUGAAAAGAAGUCCAGAAUGUCUUGGAGACUCACAGCCACAGAAGUGAAAAACUCCCAUGAGUUUCCUGCCAUUAAUGGGAGGAUCUACAGCUUGCCUGGUCUGAGAAUGUAUGAGCAAGAGUGGGUGAGGUUACACCUGCUGAACAUAGGCGGCUCUCAAGACAUUCACGUGGUUCACUUUCAUGGCCAGACCUUGCUGGAAAAUGGCAAUAAACAGCACCAGUUAGGGGUCUGGCCCCUUCUGCCCGGUUCAUUUAAAACUCUUGAAAUGAAGGCAUCAAAACCUGGCUGGUGGCUCCUAAACACAGAGGUUGGAGAAAACCAGAGAGCAGGGAUGCAAACACCAUUUCUUAUCAUGGACAGAGAAUGUAAGAUGCCAAUGGGACUAAGCACUGGUAUCAUAUCUGAUUCACAGAUCAAGGCUUCAGAGUUCCUGGGUUACUGGGAGCCCAGAUUAGCAAGAUUAAACAAUGGUGGAUCUUAUAAUGCUUGGAGUGUAGAAAAACUUGCAGCAGAAUUUGCCUCUAAACCUUGGAUCCAGGUGGACAUGCAAAAGGAAGUCAUAAUCACAGGGAUCCAGACCCAAGGUGCCAAACACUACCUGAAGUCCUGCUAUACCACAGAGUUCUAUGUAGCUUACAGUUCCAACCAGAUCAACUGGCAGAUCUUCAAAGGGAACAGCACAAGGAAUGUGAUGUAUUUCAAUGGCAAUUCAGAUGCUUCUACAAUAAAAGAGAAUCAGUUUGACCCACCUAUUGUGGCUAGAUAUAUUAGGAUCUCUCCAACUCGAGCCUAUAAUAGACCUACCCUUCGACUGGAGCUGCAAGGUUGUGAGGUAAACGGAUGUUCCACACCACUGGGUAUGGAAAGCGGAAAGAUAGAAAACAAGCAAAUCACAGCUUCUUCGUUUAAAAAAUCUUGGUGGGGAGAUUACUGGGAACCCUUCUGUGCCCGUCUUAAUGCUCAGGGACGUGUGAAUGCCUGGCAAGCGAAGGCAAACAACAACAAACAGUGGUUACAAAUUGAUCUACUCAAAAUCAAGAAGAUAACUGCGAUUAUAACACAGGGCUGCAAGUCGCUGUCCUCUGAAAUGUAUGUAAAGAGCUAUAGCAUCCACUACAGUGACCAGGGAGUAGAAUGGAAACCUUACAGGCUGAAAUCCUCCAUGGUUGACAAGAUUUUUGAAGGAAAUACUAAUACCAGAGGACAUGUGAAGAACUUUUUCAACCCCCCAAUCAUUUCCAGGUUUAUCCGUGUCAUUCCUAAAACAUGGAAUCAAAGUAUUGCACUUCGCCUGGAACUCUUUGGCUGUGAUAUUUAGUAGACUUGAAUGUUCAAAAACCCAGGAAGAGACUCUUUAAGACCUCAAACCAUUUAGAAUGGGCAAUGUAUUCUACACUGUUUUAAAUGUUAACAAUUUUCCAUUAUUUUUUCUUUUUUUUCUAUUAGUGAAUAAAAUUUUGUACAAGAAGCUUUUAUAAUGUAACUCCUUGCUACCAGUGAGUAAGACAAUGGCUAUUACUUCUGCAUUAAUUUGAAUACAGAUAGGAAAAUAUUGAGAACCAACAAGAAAAUGGCUUAUCUUUCACAAUGAUUAAAAAUGCUAUGAAACAAUA